AUGCCGGACCAUUCAAGCCAACCUGCAUCCGCUCGGUCACGGAAGAAAGCGAGUGCAGCUUGUGUCAAUUGUCGCAGACACCGCGUGCGGUGCAUCACGGCCCCGAAUCAGAAUCAGUGCGACAGGUGUUCAAGACAUGGCGUCGAAUGUAUCUUCAAAGACGACGACGAGCGCAAACGGCCACACUCCAAGGCCACUUUGAACGACCUUCUCGCCCGAGUCCAAUUUCUCGAGGGAUUGCUUCGACAACAAUCGCACUCGACGAAUCAGCUCAAUUCGCUGCAGGACUUCACAUUGGAUUCAGUCGUGACGGCUCCUGCUGAUGAUGUGCAAAGGCGGCCCGAAGACGAAGACUCGCUCCCACAGCUCGGUCAGCCGAACGAGGCACAGCUACCGGAUGCAUCCCCCAGGCUUCCAGACAUGCCAGCAGUGAACCAGUCCCGUAAGAGGUCACAUUCUCGGUUGGACACUUGCUCGACCGAGUCUCGUACAGAUUCGUCUCCCAGCGCAUCCGUCAGUCCAGGCACUCAUGGACAAGCCAUCCUUGACCAAUUGACCGACACGGUGUCGAAUCUUCUCAGCGUCAAGGUUGUACAAGAGAUCAACUUGACCCUCGAGCAUCACUCACGCUAUGACGCGCAUCUACCCUUUACAAAAUCCUUCGAGCGCAAUACUCGCGCCUUUGCACUCCUCCGGUCCAUAUCACCCGAAUUACAGGACCACCUCACAAGCCUGUACUUCAAAUAUAGCAACCAACGAAAUCCUCUCGUGAACGAGGAAGCCUUCAUGUCCGACAAGGCCCUGGGUCGCACCAACUUCUACAGCCCUCUGCUUCAUCUCUGCAUUGUUGCUCGCGGCUUGUACUACGCCGACAUGGAUGACUAUAGGAUCCAGACGUUCCUCAGGAAGGACCAGGAUAAUGUCUUGCACCGAGAAGUGUGCGGACUGAUGACUUUCGACCUCUGUGAUUCAGGCUCCUUGACAUUCUGUCAGGCGCUGGGCGUUGCGUCUGACCUUGAAUGUGGCGCGGGGCGAUCAAGGAGUGCUUGGAUGACUAUCGGCGCGGCCAUCAGGAUGGCCUUCGAUCUGAACAUCCACGUGGAUCGGAAUCAAACGGACAAUUCUAUACUGGCACAACAGGCACGUAAGGAGCUCUUCUGGGGCUUGGUCUCGCGUGAUCGAUACUACACUUUAUCUUUGGGACGCCACAGAAUGAUCAGAAACUCUGACUUUGCCGAUGUGCUCCAGUGUCCACCGCACUGGGACACGUAUCAGGUGGGAGUCUUCACCGCCAUAGCAGACCUGAUGUGCUUGACGGCAGACAUCGUCGAAGUGCUGGUGUGUGCCCAAGACAAGCAGGACUUUUCAGACCUCCACUUGAACCUGGCCGUAUGCAGCAAGGCGCUGAAAAAGUGGCAUGCCCGGCUGCCGGAACGACUCCAGUGGAAUGCGGUCAACGUCCGGGAGGCUGACCCCAGAUUCUUCCUUCUCCAUUUACAGUUACAUGCCACCUACAUUGUACUCCACCGGCCGUUUUCGAUGAUGCAGGUCUUUGGACCCAGCGUCGGCGGCACGAACGAGGGCAGCGACUCCUACUUCUGGUCCCCAGUCCGCAGCCGAGCGCAUAUGCUGUGCAUCGAACACUCGAUAGAAAUAUCCAACAUCCUCAAGCUCUACGAGCAACAGCGCGCACCUCGUGUCAUGUGUUUGAGUGUAGUGCACCAUCUUGGAAUUGCGGCUACGGCUCUGAUUUCUGAACUGGUCUUGGAGCAUCCCGCCCAGACUCCCCUACUCCCCCAUCUCCUCUAUAUUCGCGGAGUCUUACGAGGUAUGGUGCCGACGUAUAAAGGGGUGAAAAAGACACUGCACAUUAUUGAGAAGGCCUGUACAGCUUCUGGCUGGACUUCGGACGGUCCUUGCACCUACAGUGGUCUCGAAGCAGGCGGGGUCCGCCCAGCGACCUCGAUGCCGACCUCGAAACUCAAAACAUCUCAAGGGCUCUCCCUUUCAUCACAAGAUAUGCUCCCCAAGGGUUCGCCGGCUCAGCCUCCACCAGCGGCUGCGUUUCUUUCCAAGCGAGCAGAUCUGCCACUGUCCUAUGAGCAAGCCCUCCCGCCGGAUGUCGCUGGCGAUAGCAAUCCAUUUGACUGCCACGAGUUUUCCAUUGGGAAUUUGGAAGACAUGUUUGGGUGGCCGGUGUGGGGCGACGAAGACGGACAGGCAGUUUAG